UAUUAGAAACAAUAUACUUAACAACAACAUUGUACAUCAGAUAUUUUUAGAAAAUAUCUGAUAUACAAAAAACGGAACUUAAUUUAAAAUGACGUCAUAAAUAGCUCGUAAUCAAGUGCACUGCCGCUUUAUCUCUCAAAAGGCUCAAAGAAAAGAAUUCUUCAUUAAGGUUCGCUCAAUAAAGCUCGUAGCUCACAAAUCGUUAGCACAGUUUCGGAGGCGACACCCCGGCAAGGCGGGAGCACACGUUUGGCAUCCACUCAAGUUUCCAUUGUGUACCAUACCAGUGCAUCUUGCAACUUGCACACAAUGGCAACCUGCCUUUAUUUUGAGACGGUACACACUGACUUUGAAGCGGAUUAUCGGGUAUCUACGUACCUGUUCACUACGUGUGUACAUAGCUCUAUGAUAUAUAUUAUAACCGGUCGUCGAACGUACAUAAGCCAGUAUUGAUUUUAUUUUACAUAGUUCAUUUACAUUCGUAUGGACUGUCCGUAAAGCGAUGAGCUCUCACAACUGUUUCAUUUUUCACAUCCAUUUACGUCACUGUCUAUAUUUCGGUGUUUUUUGUUUCGGAUGAAACCUACCAAUUACAACUGUCUGAACUCCGGAGCUUUUGUUCGUGUUUUUUGUUUUUUUUUUCGCUAAAUGCUCUUCUGUAAAUAUUUUUUUAGAUGACCUAGUUAUGGGGUUUCGGUGGAAAUGGUGCGGAUUCCUUUUAUUUUACAUUUUUUUAACGUAGUAAAAAUUAUCAAAUUUUUGAUAAUGCUGUAUUUUACUUAUCUUUGGUUAUUUUUCAUUAGUCACUGAUUCAAACUUACUGAAAUAACAUCAAACCCUUUAUAGCCUCUGUUAGUUAUGUAAUAAUCUUGCCUUUAAUCUACGUAGGUACUAUCUAUUGAAUGUAGGUCAUGUAAGGUGUAAUUCCCGGCUAGCAACUAAGACGUGCGCGCGUCUACCCGAGCAGUACAACAUGCAUUUGAGACAAUAGAUUACCGGACAUUGAUUACGCAUGUUAGCCGUAUCUAUUGUUUUGUUUACGUCCGAGCCGAUCUGAAGCUUAAUUACACGUCGUCGGCACCUUGAGACGAGGCAUGUAGGCUCACCUGAGCGGUGAGCGGCAGAUGCGACGCAGCUGCCGGCCGGGCUGGUCCUCUCGCCCCGCGCGCCGACCCCCCACCCCGCGCCCCGCCGGCCCGCGCAAUCGCGGCUAACAGUUUUAUUUCCCCGAAUAAACUUUAUCAAACAAAGCGUGCGUGCCCCGCGCCCUGCAUCUGCUCGCCCAGCUGUUCCCGCUGCAGCUGACCUCGCCGUCUCGCUCUAGCGGUAGCUCCGCCCCACCGCGAGACAAGGACGGCACGCUCCCGUGUAAUCGCGGAGCCCUUCAAUUCCCGGUGCAUAGCCCAUUCGCAGUUUGUCUCCCGUUGCCGUCGGGCAGACUGAUAAUGACGAACAAGCGAAAGCGCGACGAGAGCGGCGACGGACGCGUUAAGAGGCAACGCAUCCGUAAGCGAUCUCGCAGCGAGCCGCUGCUGAACGACACCGAGAAUUCUGAAAAGCGUCAGGCGUUGAAGCGCCUGUUCGGGCGCAUCUGCUCCGUGGAGAUGGAGAACAACAUGCAGCGCGAGGAGGAGGAGCCGGAGCCGGUGUACGCGGACGAGAACGACGACCCGCUGCUGGACUCGGUGCCGGUGGACAUGGACCCGGAGCAGCUGGGCUUCCUGGUGUGCGCGCAGGAGACGCUGCGCUUCCUGCACGGGCGCGGCAUCCCCACGCAGCACCCGGUGUUCGCUCGCCUGCGCUCGCGCCUGCUGCAGGGCAUCGACGAGAUCGCGAUGGCCUGAGUAUUGCUGGGCCCUGAGCCCCCCAGAAACUAAACCUCUCCGCACCUGACCGCUUCGUUUGGAUCACUUCCUCAGUGUUUCUUUGACCCUGUGUACCCGUGAAGUUUCUUGCUCGGAGUUGUUUCUAUCUUCCUAUCUAUUUGGGCUCAGGUUGGUGUAAGACUUAAAGACUCAUAUACAUUGUGGCGAUUUAAAGCAACAGGUGUCCCUCUUGGGGAAUCUAGUCACUAUCUAGUCAAAUUUUAUGAAUUAUACCUAUUUGUUAAGCAAAUUAUUCUAUUGAUGUCAUUUAACGAUGUAAUAAAUCGUAUCAUAUAAA